AUGGAGAGCACAUCAGUGAGAAGAGUAUCGAAAUUCUUCAAAUCAAGUGAUGCUUUCUUGAAAGUUCUCUGGCUGAUUUUGUUGUUGGGAUCAACAAGCUACAUGACGACUAGGCUGUACAAGUUGCUGAAAAAUUAUUACGCAUACCCUUUGACAUCGGAUUUCAGGGAAAAUACAAAAAUAUUUACAACAGUUUGGUGUGAUGUGAGCAUUGCAUUUCUAGACAUUACCAUUUGCAAUUUGGACCUUUUUGCAGCGGCUGAACCUAAAGAAAUGUCCAUGAAUGAAAUUUUAUCAAAUUUAAUUGAGAUAAAAAACAAAUUUUUCAAAUUAAGAGUGGAUGAAUCAAUUUCUAAUAAUUCUGAAGAUAAUAUCGAUUUUGAGAAUGUUUUUAAAGAUUUGGCAACGAAUGAGUGUUCACUGUUGAGUUUCCAAUCCAGAGGAGUUAAGGUAAGUGUGCAGAGUCCUGGAGCUCUACCUGAUCUCAAGCGGGGAUUCAAUGUGGCUCCUGAAACUGAAAACAUUGUCGAAAUUAUUCAAACCGAAAGAAGACCUCACAAUAAACAGAUAGCCCGGUAUACACGGUGGGAUGUUGUCCCUCUGGUUGGGAGUAACCCUGGCAAGUGCUGUAGAGAUCAUAGAACUGAUCUACUUGCUGUUCAAACGUUGCUGGGAAAAUAA